UAGAUUGGUUUACGUCAUUACUCCAAAUACGGAAGUUUUUGUUUUGUUCAAUUUCAUUGUUAGUCAGUUCAAUAAACCACAAAUGUCACCUGAACUGACAGUGACAUAAUCAUUAGAAAACCAGGUGUUACAAGGAAUAUAUAUAUAUUCUAAAACUAAUAGAGAAGAGAACCCAGAAUGCCUUCAUCAUUAAACAGAAGUCGUCUGAGACAAACCUGUCCUAUAACGAGAAAGGAAAGCGAACAGCUAUUGGAAUUUUUUCUUCAUCUGCCAUCAAGUCCGACUGAAAAGGAAAAACCGACAAAUGAUAAUUUUGUUUAUACUGUUGAAAAACAGGACAGCAGCUGUGUUCAGGACCGUCCUGAAUUCAAACGUUCUGAUAGUUACAGGAAAGCUACGCAAAGAUUUUCGCUCGAGGAUGUUGUAGAAACCAUGACUUUCAAGAAAGAAGAUUAUGAUCACAAGAAAUAUAAGUCUCUGCCAGUUGACAGAACAAAGAUAACUCAUACUGAUAACAAAUCAAAGUUGCUAGUAGGGAGAAAAAAUAAACUUAACAGACAGAAAUCUGGAACUGUUCCAUCGUCUGAUAGUGACAAUAAUACAAGUCCACCUGAAAACCGAAAGAAGAAAAGUGUUGUACAAAGGACUAAGGAAAGAAUCAUAUUCAUACUCUGGAAAGAUAAGAAACAUGGCGAUAAAAAGAAAUCAAAAGAAUCCAAAAGGACACCGACCCUUCAUCAUGGUAAUCAUGGUAAUGAAAUUGUACUGAGAGUUAACGACAAUAAAGGUCAAAUACUAACCACAUCAAACGAUGCUGAGAUUAUCGAACGAAAGACAAAUAAUAAUAGUAUCAAAUCAAGAACGUUAGAAUAUACCAAAGGAUCGCCAUCAAACCAACAAAGUCCAGCUCAGAACAUGGCUCCAACUUCUAAGUCGCCCGCGCGUGACAGAAGAUACAGAUCUCAAGUCUCUCGUGAAGAAAUUACUAAUAUGUUCGAAAAAUGCCUAUCGUCUGCCGAAGUUACUGAUGAACCCUACAAAUUUCCAGCUCAAAGGGUUCACAAGAGAAAAGAUUUCAGUCCAGUUAGAGAUAUUUCAUACGCUGAUGGAAUAAAAAAUAAGAAAUCUGGACUUAAAUUAAACCUAGAUCCUUUUACACCUGAUUUUAAAGUAGAAUCACAUACAACAGUAAUACAGGAGAGCAGAACCAUAGUAUCUGAUGGAACAAGGCAGACUUUGCUUACAGAUAGAAGGACAAUUGAGAGAACCUUUUCUUUGGAAGUGGAUGGGGGUAAUGAUGAUGAAGUUGAUGGUCCAAUGGGAUCUCCUUUGAAGGAGGUAGUUCGAUUACAAACAGGAGACGAACCACAGGAGCCCUUAUCAGCGUCAGAACAGGAAAAAAUGAUAGAAGAAAUAGCUAGAAGACUAACUAGAAUAGCUGAAGACUGUGUCCAGCGCAUGGGAGCUGGAGGAACUUCACCAAUCCAAGGGGCUACGGCUGGACCAUUGUUGUCACCCGCGUCUCAAGGUAGGAAGCUUGCCAAAGACUUAGUGGAUGAACUAAGAAAGGAAGGAGACAGAUUAUCCCGAGAGAUGAAUUUACCUGCUAAUCUUUUACCGAUAGUAAUGGACAUGGUCAAACAAAUAACCUAUGACCAUUUUAAAGACUUGGUGAAGAGGGCUUUGUGCGAGACGAUUGGAUGGGACCAGGUUGCUUUGUAUUUUUACAUUUCUAAAGCAGCCAUUGUUAUGGCUGGGGCGGGUGGAAGUAUUGCCUGUAAACUAAAGGACAUGGCGGUUAGAUAUUUCCACGAAGAAUUACUUCCAUGGAUAUACGAUAGAGGUGGAUUGGAAACUAUGCUAGAAGAAACAGAUUCGGAGGUUGAUUGACAAAGGCUGUGAUUAGUUAGACUUUGAACUGAUACCAAAACUGAUAAAGCAGUGCUCUACAAUUCUGGAAACGGGACAACUGCACAUGUCUUUUCGAUCUCCGUCGGCUAAGGAGUACACUGAAUAAUGUGAAAUGGAGACAUUUAACUACGAUGUUUUCAUAUUGAGAGCCAAUAUUUUACUCAGUGAUGUUGUAUGGCUUUAUGGCUAUGGCAAUCCGGCAUUUUUCUCAGCGAUGGUGUAUGGCAAUCAUUUUUUUUCUCAGCGACACUGUAUGACUUUAAGGCUAUAGUAAUCAUUUUAUGUGCAAUAUAUUUUUUCUGAGAUGAUCUCAGCUAUGUGAGCGUUAAUGCAUGUAUAUUUUUUGUGUGUUUUCCAUUUAAGUGUAUAUUUGAUUUGAUGAAAUGCCUUCAUUGAGAUGAUUUAAAAUAUAUUAAAAAGAAAUAUGUACAUAUGA